ACUCGAAACUUUUUUGGCACCACUUUUGGCAUCAUCAUCAUCAAAUUAAACACUUCCUUCGUCGGAACAGCAUUCUCUCCGAGGGUGCAUCUGUACCCUCGACCUUUCCAUCCCCGCGGCAUCUUCAAACUCUCUUAUAUUCUCUUCGCGAGCAGAACAUAUGCUUUUCUUUUUUUUGAUCCAGAUGCAUCACACGCAACCCCUCAGUGUGAACUCCGAUAGAUCUCAUGCGCGGUAUCGCCUGAACGUACGAAUGUAUCCUACACCUACUACUGCAAGUCAGAACUGUCAGGAGUUUAGCGACUCUGUAUAUGUGUAUUUAUACGUAGUGUAUACCUGUGUAUUGUACCUGACUAGAAGAGCAAAGUAGGGGAACUGAACGUUCUACGAGGUAAAACGGAGGAGGUGCGAGAAGGAGGUUGGUGGGAAGCUGGAUGCAGGCGAAGGUGUGCGAGGCGGGGAAGUUAAGAGCUGUCUUCUGCUUUGCGGCGUUUUAGAGAAGCGGCGUAGUGGGGAAAGAGGGCCAAAGAAGCUCGACAGCGGCAAAGGAGAAGGUGCUCGGCUCUGCCGUACCACUGCGCCGAUGAUGACGACGGUGGUGGUAAUGGUGGUGGUGGUAGUAGUAGAAGGUGGAAAGGGAGAGAGAGAGAGAGAGAGGGAGAGAGAGAGAGAGAGAAACGGAGAAGACGAAGCGCAGGAGAGGCAAAGAGAGAGAGUCCUGCUCAGCGUGGACCUGUGCGUCGUUGCAUGGCCGACCUGGAGACUCACUCUCCGCAAGGUGAGACGCGCGGACCAAAGAGGAGACCUCAAAGGAUCGACAGGAAUUCUCGUGAAAGCUGACUCUUCCUCUUUCGUAUGCUCACGAUUGCGCGCGCUCGUGUACUCCUUUGGUUUACCUCUGUCAAUCUUUUCUAUCUCGUGUUGACUCUAAUUUCUCUCUUCUCUUCGUGUAUCAAGAUGUGAGUGUAUCUAUACUUUUUAAUGUGCGGGAUCUCUUGACUUUCCACAAAGUGCUCCAGAUACGGAUCCGCCAUAGAAGUGAGACCAGAUCAUUUGUCGAUGAAAACACAUCUUGGACAAAAUUACACGUGCUUGCUCAUUUUUAAAUUCAUUGAAGCUUCGAAUGAGGUACCUGUGAAAUAAAAGUAAACUUAACUCUUAAACAAACUCGUCAUUGGACAACUUCGUGGAAACGACGUCAAGACGUAAAGUGCAGAGUCGACAGAGUUGAUAACGUAUGCUCACAUUAGAGCUUAUCGAGCACAUGAAACCGAUCUCUCGUACAGCCACGAUUUCAUUUGCACAUAUCCGUCAAGAGAAGUCUGCUCGCGUUAUAUUAAGGUGCCUAACAACUGUACUUGUCAAUUUCCUCGCGUUACGAAAUCGAUCGAACUUGCCAUCAGUAGGAUUUAUAAAUUAGUGUAUAUAUAUGUUUUGGAGCUAUCCGCAAAAUUACGUCACUCUUCGGAAGGUGAACAGUGUGUGUUUCCUCGUUAAAUUCGAAUAACGAUAAAUUCGAAUGCUUGGUGCGCGUAAGUGUGUACACGUCGUUAACUCAGAAGACUGGUCUCGAAAGUAAACGUUGGAAUUUUCUUUCGGAGUCUCCCGCCAAGACAAUCACGUUCGUUUCGUCUUGGAUUUAUCUCGCAGGCUACAUGAAUAUUAAGCUGAGACACUCAUGAUGACUUUAAUGCCAGACAUGUGACAUGCACAGUGAAGAAGGGAGAGCGAUGGCAGCGGCGGAAACAGUUCUGCGAAGUUCCUCCGAUCUUCUCCUUGUUCGUGACAAUCGACGAGUCCACGAAGCAGAAGAGGGAAUCUUCACUCAGAUCUUCACCUUGACAAGGCCUACGGGUUCGUGAAGGGCAUGAAAGCUCAUCAUGUUCAACCACCGACACAGGCCACAAGCGCUGUUGAUCUGCAACUUCCUCGGCGUCACAUUCCUCCUACUAAUCGUCGCCGAUAGCUGCGAUGCGUUAAUUCAACCGAGUUCUACAGAUGUCAGUUCAACUGAGUUCGUCAAAGGGAAAAUUUGCAUCGGUACAAAUGGCCGUCUCUCCGUGCCGUCCAACAAACUACAUCACUACCGGAAUCUUCGAGACCGGUACACCAACUGUACUUACGUCGAUGGCAACCUGGAGAUCACAUGGCUCCAAAACAAUACCUUCGACCUCAGCUUCCUUCAGCACAUACGGGAGGUCACCGGUUACGUGCUCAUCAGUCACGUGGACGUGCGCAGGUUCGUCCUCCCGAGCCUACAGAUCAUCCGUGGCAGGACCCUUUUCAAACUCAAUAUACACGACCACGAAUUCGCCCUCUUUGUUACGAUGUGUCAGAUGCACAACCUGGAGAUGCCAUCCCUUAGAGAUAUACUCAAUGGGAGCGUGGGCAUGUACAACAACUACAAUCUCUGCCACAUCAAGACUAUCAAUUGGGAGGAAAUAAUCACAGGCCAAGGAGGACGAUAUUUUUAUGUGUAUAAUUUUACAACACCGGAACGCGGAUGUGCAGCAUGUGACGAGAGUUGCGAGCAGGGCUGCUGGGGCGAAGGUCCAGAGAAUUGUCAAAAGUUCUCGAAAACGAAUUGUUCGCCUCAGUGCUGGCAGGGCAGAUGCUUCGGUCCUAAUCCACGCGAAUGUUGCCAUCUUUUUUGCGCGGGUGGUUGUACGGGUCCCAAACAGAGCGACUGCCUUGCCUGUAAAAACUUCUUCGACGAUGGCGUAUGCACACAGGAAUGUCCGCCUAUGCAAAAAUAUAAUCCAACAACAUAUUCAUGGGAAACCAAUCCGGGCGGAAAGUACGCGUACGGGGCGACUUGUGUAAGACGAUGUCCAGAACAUCUUUUAAAGGACAACGGUGCAUGCGUGAGAUCUUGUCCACUGAAAAAGAAAGCGGUGAAUGGCGAAUGUGUUCCUUGCGACGGUCCUUGUCCAAAAACCUGCAAAGGUGUGGAGAAAGUGCAUUCCGGUAAUAUCGAUACCUUCAAGGAUUGUACCAUCAUCGAAGGAUCCAUCACAAUUCUGGAUCAGAGUUUCGAAGGUUUUCAACAUGUUUUUCAAAACUACUCAUUCGGCAAACGAUAUGACAAGAUGCAUCCUGAUGACUUAGAAGUCUUCAAAACAUUGAAAGAGAUUACGGGUUAUCUUAAUAUUCAAGGAGAUCAUGAAGAUUUCAAGAACCUUUCGUAUUUUCGGAACCUCGAGGUGAUUGGAGGUAGAACGCUCACGGAAUAUUUUGCAUCGUUAUACAUCGUCAAGACUUCUUUAAUAUCCUUCGGUCUUAGUUCCUUGAAGAAGAUUUAUUCCGGCUCGAUCGCUAUUCUGGAGAACAAAAAUCUAUGUUACGCAGAAAGUAUCAAUUGGACCAGAAUUAAAAAAUCAUCCGAACAUGAAAGUCUUUUAUCAAAUAAUCGAAACGAAACCGAUUGCAUUGAGGAUGGCUUCAUAUGUGACGAGCAAUGUUCAGAUGAAGGAUGUUGGGGACCGGGACCAUCACAAUGUUUGUCGUGUAAGAACGUUAUUUUAGGGAACGACUGUCUUCAAGAUUGCAAUGCGCCAGGGAUUUAUCAAGCGGACAAUAAAACCUGUAAAAUGUGUCACGAAGAAUGCGACACAUCUUAUAGCUCCUGUACUGGUCCUAAUGCCGACCAAUGCAUUAAGUGCAAACACGUGCGAGAUGGACCAUUCUGUGUGCCCGAGUGCCCAUCAUCGAAGUACAAUGACAACGGCCAAUGUAAACAGUGCCACGAGAAUUGCGUGGGCGGUUGCAAGGGACCAGAGAAUAACAUAGGCGCCAACGGAUGUUAUAGUUGCGAAAAGGCAAUUAUGAACGACGAAAUACCAGAGAGAUGUUUGCAGAAGAGAGAACCGUGUCCCGAUGGGCAUUAUUACGAGUGGGUUGAUCAGUUGGAGCAAGGUCUUUUAAAACCUCUUGCCGGAAAAGCUGUCUGUCGCAAGUGUCACCCACGUUGCAAAAAAUGCACAGGAUAUGGCUUCCACGAGCAAGUGUGUCAACAAUGCACCAAGUAUAAGAAAGGAGAGCAAUGCGAAGAUGAAUGCCCUGCUGAUCAUUUCGCGGAUGCUGACACGCAGCAAUGUAUAUCGUGUUUCGGAGAGUGCCGAGGAUGCUUUGGAUCAGGCUCUAAUCAGUGUUACAAAUGCCGGAAUUAUAAAAUUUACAUUGAUAGGAUAGACGACUCUGAUGAUAAUAUAACAUCCUUUAAUUGCACGGAGACCUGUCCACCAGAAUAUCCUCACAAGAUCUUUCCUCCUGAUAGCGAGCCGUACUGCUCCGUAGAAACUAUAGGCCUCGGUUAUCAAAUGGAAAACGAUUUUCAUCCAGCAGUUUGGGGUGGCAUUGGGAUCGUAUUAAUGGUGUUUAUUAUUAUCAUCGGUGUUUUACUAUAUUUAUGGCGAGUAAGAACGAAAGCUAAGGAGAAUACAGUGAAGAUGACGAUGGCUUUAACUGGUUUGGACGACAAUGAACCGCUUCGACCGACAGGUGUGAAACCAAAUCUCGCUAAACUACGAAUUAUCAAGGAAGAAGAGAUGAGAAAAGGCGGUAUAUUGGGUUACGGUGCUUUCGGCAAUGUGUACAAAGGCGUUUGGGUACCCGAAGGAGAGAACGUAAAGAUCCCAGUUGCUAUAAAGGUUCUUCAUGAUGGUACGGGUGCGAACACAUCCAAAGAAUUUCUCGACGAGGCUUACAUUAUGGCUAGUGUCGAACAUCCGAAUCUACUGCAAUUACUUGCAGUAUGCAUGACGUCGCAGAUGAUGUUAGUGACUCAGCUGAUGCCUCUAGGCUGUCUACUGGAUUUUGUACGCAGAUACAAGGAUAAAAUUGGUUCAAAACCAUUGUUAAAUUGGUGCACGCAAAUUGCGAGAGGUAUGGCCUAUCUGGAAGAGAGAAGAUUGGUUCAUCGAGAUUUGGCAGCGCGAAAUGUCCUCGUCCAAACUCCAAAUUGCGUGAAAAUCACUGAUUUUGGUCUUGCUAAAUUAUUGGAUAUUAACGAGGAACAAUAUAAGGCUGCAGGUGGGAAGAUGCCUAUCAAGUGGUUGGCAUUAGAAUGCAUUCAGCAUAGAGUAUUUAAUCAUAAAUCGGAUGUAUGGGCCUUUGGGGUGACCAUUUGGGAGGUCCUCACCUAUGGUGGUAGACCGUACGAAAAUGUUUCUGCUCGAAAUGUGCCGGAAUUAUUGGAAAAGGGCGAAAGAUUACCACAGCCCGCGAUUUGCACGAUUGAUGUAUAUAUGAUUAUGAUUAAGUGUUGGAUGCUUGACGCUGAAUCCAGGCCUAGCUUCAAAGAACUGGCAGAGGAUUUCGCAAAAAUGUCCAGAGAUCCUGGUCGAUAUCUUGCCAUUAAAGGAGAUAAGUACAUGAGACUGCCUUCGUAUACACUACAGGACGAAAAGGAGAUGAUUCGAAAUCUUGCAUCAGCGAUGGAUGGUCCUGAAACUCUGUUAGAUGCUGGUGAGUACCUACAACCUAAGUCACGGGCUCCACUUCCACCCACAAUUUCCGCAUCAAGUACUUCCGGUUCGCCGCCAAAUACACCAGUAAAAUCGUGCUGGCCGAACGGUAAGCCGCUCGCCGCUGAUUCUCCGACGCCACAAAAUCAGCAAAACUGGGACAGAGAACUUUUGAGGUAUGGAAAUCAUGAGAGUGGAAACGCGUCGCAUGAGGCUGGCAAUUCUGGUCAACGUGCGCAUUACGUACAUCCCAAUGGUCACUGUGGACACGUCGCAGGAUCAGAUAGCUCAAGUUCGAGAUAUUGUUCGGAUCCAUUGAAGAUGGUCGGUGUUAGAGAUUGCGAUGUUACGGAUGAUUGUUUUAAUACAAACGUCGUGCAACAACAAGCUCAAGUUGGAAACUUGAAAUUAGAUUUGCCAAUAGAUGAAAAUGAUUAUCUCGUGCCGACGCCACAACCGUCAGUCAAUGCGACGCAAUAUAUAGAUCUCAUUGGGGAUUCUAAGCCAACAGAAUCCGAAACAAAGCGAUUGAACAAUGGCUUCCGAAAAUAUCCAGACUUUCUAGCGAUUCAAGGGAAGACGUCACUAGACAAUCCGGAAUAUAUAAUGUCACAGGACGAAGGUCCGCUCACGCCACAAACUUUGGGUAUUCCUACACCGGACUUAGAGAAAGUCCUGCCAAAUGGUACCUUCGGGUCUCAAAUUAGGCAACGAAGUUCCGAAGAAGAAUCGGAUCACGAAUAUUACAAUGAUUUUGAUCGAUUGGAACGGGAAUUGCAACCGUUGAAACCUUUUAGAAAGAACGAAACGACGGUGUGAUUUUAGUAAUGUUAUCGAGGAUACGAAAAUAAUUCAAGAUUCUGAUAGAAUCAGGAAUAAUCAUAUUGAUAACCUUUCCUGGGACAAAAGCUGAAUCUUAGAAGAAAAAGAAACAUUGGUAUGCUUUAUCAUUAAAACCUCGUUUAACAGCGUCAAGUACUCAAUUUCUGAGUAUAGAACACAUUGUACUUAUAAAGGACACUUCGCUCAAGUGCCGUGCUUGAUUGUGAUUAGACGUAAGCUAGAGACUCGUAUUACGAAAUAUAAAUAAAACGAAAGAGACUAUAAUGACGUAAUGGAAAUGUAAAUCGUGCGAUGAUGAUAUUCGCGAACAAGUAGUGCAAAGAUAUUCUUAAUGUGCCAUUUGUGGCUUGUAAAUAAAUUACUUUUCGUACUAGCUCUUGAGGAUAUAAGAAGCAUUCUAGGACUUAAUUCGCAACGACAGUGUCAAUAUGUUGUUUUUGCUUAACAGCUUUUCUUCAAGCCUGUAUUAAUGCAUUUUUGGCCUUGCCAUUGCAAACGAAAUAUAGUCCUUAUACAUAUAAAAUGAUUAAAAAUGUAGAAAACGACACAUACAAAUAAUUUUACUUCUUUGAUUAAAUCUGUUCUGCAUUUGUCUUUGUAAUGAUUCUGUGUAUUAUUACGAUCUAAAUUCUUUGAAAUUACGUAGAUCUUCAUAGACUUUAUAAAUUUAAAUCGGUCUCACUUUUUUCAUUACUCACUUUUGUACAAUCUAUGCACCCUAAAAGUUAUCUAUUCAGCACAGAUCAUUCCAUACGAUAACAUCGCAUCGCAGCAAUAUUGCAAGCUUCUGCGCUGUGGGUAAUAUUCACAAUGACGAUAUUUUUUAAUGUACUCUUAAAAAUACAGAUCAAAUUUUACAAUUGAAAGGUUAUAUCACAAACUAUAAAAAAAAUUAAAGUCUACAGCGAUCACUUGCGAAUUUUGAAGAGAUUCAUGGUCGUUGUUGAAAUUUUAAUGGCAAAAACGGUUUUAGACAUUUUCGAACGGAAUACUUGAAAUGUAUCAGAAAAUCGUUCAAUACAUUUUACAUUACAUACGUACUAUUUUAAUAUUUUUUGUUUUAUUUCUUUUCUCAAAUA